AUGCCUCCUGCUGCCACCGAGACUGCUACGUCGAGCGCGACAAAGGCCAACACGCCUACUUCUUACACGAGCACAAUGCCUGCAAAUGAUUUCAGCUGGCAAAUCAGUCUGGCGCAAAAGGUUGUCGCUAUUACUGGUGCCAAUCGGGGAAUUGGGCUGGGUAUUGCUGAGGUUUGCCUUGCCAAUGCCGCUAAGAUGGUGUACUCGCUCGACUUGAUGGAGCCCGGAGAAGAAUUCGAGGCCCUGCAAAAGCGAUUUCCCAACUUGCAAUACAUUCAGACCGAUGUUACCUCUGAGGAAAGCGUGGAGAAUGCUAUCAACAAGGUUGUCGAAGAGACAGGCCGUAUCGAUGGCUUGGUGGCCAAUGCUGGCAUGACCAAGCAUCAGCCUGCGCUGAAGUUUGAACGUCCUGAGUUGGAGAAGUUGUUCAAUCUCAAUGUCUUUGGUGCCUACUUCUGCGCCCAGAUUGCUGCUCGCAAGUUCAUCGAGCUCGGAAUUAAGGGAUCUAUCGUGAUGACCUCGAGCAUGACUUCCUACCGACCCAACAGGGCCGCGCCUUCUGCACCGUAUGGUGCCACCAAGGCAGCCGUUCGCAACAUGUGCCACACUCUCGCCAUGGAAUGGAGCCAACACGGUAUUCGCGUCAACAGUAUCUCACCGGGUUUCGUCCGAACUGCAAUGACCUAUUACGUCGAGAAAUCACCGGAUUGGGAUCUGAAGAUGCAGUACUACGGUGGCAUGCCUCGUCUGGCGGACCCUCGCGAGCUUGGCGGUGCCUACGUAUAUCUGCUGAGCGACGCCAGUUCGUAUACCACUGGAAUUGACAUUCCGAUCGCGGGCAUUGUGGGCGCGUGGUAA